CUGCUGAGAGACGACGCCCCGGGGGAAGCCGAAGAGGGAUGUGUGGCCAUGAUCCUCGGGGAAGCCGAGAGCUCUGGAGUCUUUACCUGCCUCGCCAUCGCAGCUGCCACCACCCUCUUCUCUGGAUACUUACAGCAGCCUCCUAACAGGUCAUCUGCAUCUCUGCUUGCCGUUCUCAAAUUUAUUCUCCAUACGUCAGUCAGAUGUGUCUUAAUAACACACAGAGACCAAAAUCCUUGCUGUGACCUAUAAAGUCCGGCAUGGUUUAACCAUUUCCUACCUCCAACUUUAUCUAAGCUUGCUCAUCUCAGCCAAACUGUCACCUUUUCAGUUCUUGGAACAAUAUAUCAAGCUCUUUCCUGUCUUCAAGGCCUUUGGAUUUUCUGUAUCUAAUGUGGGUCCCUUUUGGUAUGCUGUCUUGAUAGCCUGUUUGCAGAAUAUUAAUGAUACUAAUUGUUUGCUUGUUUAUUAUCGUUUCUUCAACUAGACUUUAAAUCAUGGGAACCUAGACCCUAUCUUAUUUGUCAUCACUGAAAACUCAGAUGCCUGUACAACAUUUGGCAUAUAGUAGAUGCUCAAAAUUUAUUGAAUAAGUGAAUGAAAUAAUUGGUUUUAGCUCGUUUAUUCAUUCAGCAAGCAUUGGGCAUUCCCUGUACUUAUAUUUUCUAUGUUUACAUAUACCGUUUACAGAGGACGCCUAGGUUAUACCAUUUAUUCAUGUGUGCUUACGUUAUGCCAGAACACUGUGCUGGGUACUGAGGUACGAAGAGAUGAAAAAAUAGUCCCUUUCUUUGAAGUGUUCACAGCCCAGUGAAGGAGACGGAUGUGCUACCACCUGUCAUAGAGGAAACAUGAAGCACAAUAGAAAGCUCUAAGUCUGCCAGAGGAAGCCAGAAAGAGCUGACUUCCCAGAGGCAGUGACAGGAGUAGAGCUCUGAAGGAAGUGGAGGACCUGGGGAGGGUAUGCCAGGCAGAAGAAAUAGAUAGUACAAAAGCUUGGCAGCAUUACAACACAAGUCAUGUUAUGCUAGGUGUUGUUGGAGUGCAGGUUGCAUGGGGAGAAUAGCUGGAGGGGUGGGUUAUGCUGAGAGGUUAUCCUUGAAACAACUCUGUAAGAAGGCGGGGUAGAUGUUAUUUCCAUUUUUCAGGUGAGAAACUGAGGUUUAGGUCCCUUGUAGAGUAAGUGGCAGGGUUGGUAUUAAACCCAGUUCUGAUUCCCACUUGUCCACUCUACUGCAAGGUUGGUGCUGAUUAGCCAUAGUGUGAGUGACAAGUUCUAGGGAUGGUGUGAUAUGGGAGGGCUCAUAGGUGAAGUGGGCAGAGCAGGACUUAUGACUUGCUUUUUGGCAACUGUGUGUUGCCAUCUCUCCUCUCCGUGCCCUGGGGUCCAGAUCCAGCAGUUCCUGCGGUUAGCCCAGCGGGGGACAGAGGAAAAGGAGAGAGAGAGGGCUCUGGUCAGCCUUCGUCGAGGCUUGCAGCACCCUGAGACGCAGCAGACCUUCAUCUGGCUGGAGGGAAGCAUGCGGACUCUGGUCGGCCUCCUGACCAGCAACCAGGCUCUCCUGCAGCUUGAGGCGGCUCGGUGCCUUCAUGAGCUCUCUCAUUCUGAGCAGUCUGCGGUGGCUGAGGCCUGCCUGCCAGCCACUUCCUACCUUCUCACCUACCUCUCCGGUCACAGCUCAGACUUUAUAGAGCUCUGUCUGUAUACACUGGGUAACCUGAUCGUGGAGAGUGAGGCUGUGAGAAGGCAGCUCCUGCCACAGGGCAUUGUUCCUGCCUUGGCUGCCUGCAUCCAGUCCCCCCAUCUGACUGUGCUAGAAGCCCUUGGAUAUGCCUUGUCCCAGCUUCUGCAGGCUAAGGAAGCUCCAGAGAAGAUCAUCCCCUCUGUCCUGGCCUCCACUCUACCACAGCACAUGCUGCGACUGUUGCAACCUGGCCCAAAGCUGAACCUUGGGGUUGCUAUGGAGUUUGCCUGGUGCCUUCACUACAUCACCUGCAGCCAGGUCAACAAUGACCUGCUCAUCACCCAUGGGGCUCUGUCCACCCUGGGGCUGCUGCUGUUGGACUUAGCUGGGGCUGUCCAGAGAACUGAGGAUGCAGGACUGGAGCUGCUGGCAUGCCCUGUGCUCCGAUGUCUAAGCAACUUGCUAACAGAGGCAGCGGUGGAGGCUGUGGGAGGGCAAAUGCAGCUCAGAGAUGAGCGUGUUGUGGCAGCCUUAUUUAUCCUUCUGGAGUUCUUCCUCUGGAAACAGCCCAGCCUGCUUCCUGAGGGCCUCUGGCUCCUUAACAACCUCACUGCAAACAGUCCUAGUUUCUGUACCUCCUUGCUCUCCCUGGAUCUGAUUCAGCCCCUCUUACAGUUGUUGCCAGUAUCUAAUGUGGUGAGCAUAUUGGUGCUUACAGUUCUGUGCAACAUUGCAGAGAAGGGUCCUGCUUACUGCCAGCAUCUGUGGCCAGGGCCCCUGCUCCCCUCCUUGCUGGACACACUGGCGUUCUCUGACACUGAAGUAGUAGGCCAGAGUUUGGAGCUGCUUCAACUGCUGUUUCUCUAUCAGCCAGAGGCUGCCCAGGCCUUUCUGCAGCAAUCAGGGCUGCAGGCCCUGGAAAGACAUGAGGAGACACAGCUCCAGGAUCGUGUGCAUGCUCUCCAGCAGAUAGCUCUUCAUGGGUGACCUGGCUUCUCGAUGUCACUUACUCCACUCCU